AUGGUUACUAAGAAGAAAGCAAAGAAGAACGCGGAUUUCAAAAAGGUGAAGUUGAAGGUUGGCAAGAAGCUCAAAAAGACAACAACUACUGACACUACUAUAACAACGAAGAAAGUCGUUCUGAUCUCUCAGCUACAAGAGAAAAGUGUGUCGUCGGAAAAACCGCUCUCUUACCGUGGCUUGUCCCUGGAAGAACUAUGCAGGCAGCUUGGUCACUUCAGCAAGGCAAGUGCUUACUCUGUUCGGAGAGACGCAUUGAUGGGAACAAAGCAGUUGCUGAUGUCGCGUCCUGAUCUCAUUGAAAAUCAUCUUCGCACAUUGAUUCCUGCUGUAGGGCGUCUAAUUUCGGAUUGUGGGCAUGAUCCAGCUGUAAGUGGUCCACUUCGGGCUCUUCUUCGUGUCAUUUGUUCCGUACCUUCUCAUGCUAUGACUGCCCAUUUAACGCUUUUCGUUGCUCACCUGCUUCAUGCUCUUACGCAUAACGAGCAAGGAGUACGCAAUUUCGCCUUGUCAAUUAUCGGAAUGCUUCUGACGUCCUAUCCCAAAUUGUGUAGCACUAGUGCGGAUCUCUUUACAGCUUUCGUGAAAUUUCUUGGUAGCUCUCGGAAGCCAGCCUGGAAUUCUCCACACUUUCUCGAGAUUAUUGAAAUUUUCAUAAAGGCAUACACUGUCGACAAAUCAGCUCAAAAACAUUUCUGCGAGGAAGCUCACUUAAACACGUCUACUGGCGAAAUUUCAUCUAGCAUAAACCUUGUGAACGUCUUUCGUGAGGUGACGAAUCCAUUCGACUUUCCUGUGAUCAGCUCAUCGGCGUCUACCAUGGUCUCACCGCUUGAAAUUCCUGAGUCAUUACUGAAUUUGUGCGAAGUUUGUGCGCCAAUCAUUGCUAUGAGUUUAUUAGAAGAUCGAACCGGAGUUUUUCUCGCUUCGACCACUUCGAUAUUAUCAUUGUUAGGCAAAGCCGCUCUCAACCUUCCAAACGCUUUCCUCGUCAUAGAUUUUGUUCCUCGAAUGACUAAAAUAUGGGCUCCUGUUAAGAAGGUAGCAGCUUCAAGAAAAAGUGAAAGAGUAGGACUGGCUGCUCAGUGGCUCAAGGAUUUCUAG